AUGCCGGGCCAGUUUUUCUGGAUUUUGAUGCUAACCCUAGCAACCUGUGGCUUCACCUUUGAAUGCUACACCUGCAACCCCAAGAAAGGACGUGAUUGCAUAGAAAAGAAAACUACUUGUCCUGGCAAUGUCAGGUCGUGUUCCAUGGCAGUCUUCGGUAGUGGACAGCAAGUACGAGUGAGAAAGUUCUGCACAAGUGCAGGAUCAACUCUAUACCAUUAUUUGCUGCUGUUUCCUGGCGCCAGCUUCUGUCAGAAUAUGAACGUGGUUUCACCAUCGAUGGCACCGAAAUGGUCUGUAGACUCGCCUCCUGCACCUCCUUCACAAAUGACUCCUUCUCUACUUUGUGUUUGUACGUCACCACUGUGCAACGCAGGUCAUUUUGCUAGGGUAAGUUUUAAAUAUUUCAUAGGUUACUAA